GUCACCCACGGCCACCACAUUCGCUUGUCCUCUGCUCCGUUUCAACUCGUCGCUACUACCAGCCCCAGUGGUGCGCUCUCUCUCUUGCCACCACUAGCUGCCCUAUAGCUUCGCCUACUCUCCUUCAUCCAGUCGUUCGUUGCCCACCAUUGCUUCCCCGCUGGCUGGCCAGGACCCUGCCUCCCUUUUCGCAGUCCUUUCAAGGCGCCACUCAUUCGCCUUAACACCCUGACAAUACCGCUAAACAGCCCCCCUCUUCCCACCUUUCUCGUGACACUAUGUGCUCCGGUGGAACAUGGAAGCGUGAGGUCGUCCCCGACCACAAGUUUGACUUCGUCGAUACUCGAGAGUUUACGGACAACAGCUUUGGCAUGCGCUUCAAGUAUGUAUCUAUGGCUCUACAUAAUUAUUCUCAAAGAUUUCCUUGUCUAUGUCUCCGAUAUCUUCACCGCAGUUACCAUGUUGUCCUCUGACGCGUGGUCCAAUGCCAUCUUCCAGAGUUGUCCGCCUGACCAGGCCAACGGAUGUGUCUAUAUUCCCUUCAAAAUUGGAAAAUGGCUGUUCUUUGGCUGUAUUUGCUUCUCCUUCCUGCUACUCGCCUACGAGGGUUACAAGGCGAAGAAGAUCAUUGCGAGUCGAGACAUCUCGUACGCCUUCACAAAUGUAAUGGCUAACAAUUAUUAUUCCCUCAGAUCUUACGAUCAUUUCUGCUUCUUCAGCCACAUCUCGAAUUCGACAAAGCGGAUGGACGAUUUUGCUUUCUUCGUCUUCUUCACAUUUAAGAGUUGGAAACGGUUGUUGCUUGCUGAUGGUCCUCGUCAGUCAAUCAACGCGCUGACGUUGUAUGGGUUCUAUCUCUCGAAAGAGGACAAAGGCGCUUGGUAUGACAUCUCAAAGUACUUCGAGCAUGACGAUCUUGUCACAAACGCCCUUACCGUUUCCACCGCAUUCACUGUUCUCGUCUUCGCCGGUUCUCUCCUGCUGCUCGUCGCGGCUGCUCUCUGCUAUGUUCCGCUUCUGUGCCAUAUUCGUGGUAACCUCAAGGAGUACUGUUGCCACAAAGUUGACAAGCGUAUCACGGAAAUCAUCAAGCGCAGGAACAAGCAAAGACUUGCAAAGGCUGCUGCUCUUGCCAAGAAAGAAGCUGCCGGCGACUUCUCGCACCUGAAGAACAAAAAGGGUGAAAUGGCACAACCUUUGCCCCAACCAACUCUUCCAAACGUCUCCAUUGAGGAUGAGUUCGACGAUACAUCGUCGAUGCGCACCAGGGGACCUCCACCCAGCACUUACACAGCUCAGAGUGACUAUUACUACGGUGAUCGCAAAGACUAUCCUGCCAGCGAUUAUCCUCCCAUGCCCGCAUACAAUCAGCCUUACGGUAUUAACUAUCCUCAAGGCUACAACAACCAGUUUAACCCAUCCAUGGGGACUCUACCCGAUGAGCCAACGCUUUACGAUGAUGACUAUGGUAGCACAGCGCACCUUGCACUCGCUGCGGCUCCCUAUGCCGGAGACGACACUGGCGCAUAUCAGAAUCACCACGGAUACUCUAAUCGACAACAUUCAGCCUACCCAUCGCAAGCGGCACCGUCGCGUAACCAGGCAUUUGCAGCUGACAGCCAAAUUGCCUAUGACGAUGCGCCAGCGUAUCCUGCUAACCCGCAGCAACGACCACAUGCGAAUGAUCCUUAUGGAUACCAGCAUGGUCCACAACGGCGGAGUGACACAAGUGAUGGGUAUGACUAUGGUGCAGGGCAUACGCAUGCGAUGUAGUCUCUCGUUACAGACUUUCCCUUCUUUGUGCAUAUUACUGUCGUCUCUCAUCUUCGCCUCACGCAUUUCCAUCUUAUUCCUUUUUCACCGUACUGCAGAGCAAUCCUUUAUUUUUGGCGCAUCAGUAGAAUCGCUUGUAUACAUAGCUUCCCUUCCUCGGACAGAAUGCGGGACUCGGGUUCAACGUAUCAUUGGACGAUCAUGAUGACCGGUAAAAGUAUACGGUACUUUAUAUAUACUUUACUAUGUACUUGAGCUCGCAACCUGGACACGGGCCCUGCGCCGUUCUUCCCUCUCGACUUCGGCUUUCUGGGCACGCCAGGCAGGGCCUCGUUGAGCUUUGGGAUUUGGGAGAGUAGGUUUUCGUAGCGGUCCAAUGCGAUUCCAUGGCCAGACGAUGAAUGUCAACUUCGAAUCAAUGAGAGCUAGUGGGAUCUGGAUAGAGAUCUUCAAACAAGGCUAUUGUGGGUAGUUGUACUUGAACAUACUGGACCGAAGUGAUUACUGUCUUCUGACUUGAACGGCUCGUCGCCUUCCACCCACGCGUACCCCUCUGGGAUUUUGACUUCGGGAUCUGGGUAUGGUGGUAAAGUCUUGACCUAAUAAACGCAGAUCAUUGUCUACAAAAUUGAGAUAUUGGAGACGUAAUUCUUGUGCACCUUGUCUCCUUGCAGUGCAACGAUUCGUUUAACAAGAAGCUUCGAAUCAUAUGGUGAUCUGUAAAUAAUACAGUAGUUCAGCGAUUAUGGAACAUAUUAGUUCAACCGUG